AUGGAGGAUCAGAGCAUGACUACAAACAUCAAAUCACAUACCAAGAAAGGAGUUUCUGUUACCAGCACAGAACCACAGGCUAGUGACAUUCUCCCUCCAUCCACAGAGAUCAAAGACAGCUCUUUUGUUUUGGUAGAUCGUACCAAAUCCUCUGAGAACCACUUGGUUGAUACUGGGAAUGAUUUUCGAUGUACAAAGUUCAAACUUGCUCUCUCAAAGCGAAUCACCCAAUGCACCGAGGAGCCAACUUCAAGAACAGAUUCGAGUAUUAAUCAAGCGCGCGUGAAUGGGUCCUCUGCAGAAGGAGCUCCACAACGAACUCGGAAAUCAAACGAAGAAAAUCAAGAGGAUUCGGAAAGUGAGGACCGCGACAAGAAGGAUCACGAAAGAGGACCUCCGGGCAAAGGUAAGGAUCCGGCUAAACCCGAGAUCUUGAAGCUAGCAUGUCCAUUCUUCAAGUACAACCCAGAAAGAUACAACCACAACAACGCGUGCUCGGAACACAGCUGGCCAACUAUAGAGAACAUCUCUACCGGUGCCAUAGGCAACCUAAAUACCGCUGCCGACGAUGCCAGCAUAUCUAUACAAAUGAUGAGGACCUCCUUCUUCAUCAGCAAAGCAUGA